UGACAGUAGUAGCAGCAGAAACUGGCAGGGCGAGGUAGCUAACAUCACGAGCCGAAUGGAGUAAUUAUCGCGUUACAUUUCAAGAAAACCGACCCACCACAUUCCUUAUAACAUUGUUAACCUCCAACGAAGCCAUGGCAGAGGACUCGAGUGCUCAAACUUGGUCUAUCAACAAGGACGACUAUGUACUCAACGAGGUGAUUGGUGAGUAUGUCGCUAGCAUGCUAACCUCUUAGCUAGGUUUCUCGCAAGACAGCUAGCUAGCUAACGUUAGUUCACUAACUUAUAGCUGGUUAGCUAACGUUAAACCUAGCUACAGCUAACCAACCUUACUUUUGACAGCUAACUAAGCUAUUGAAGUAACGUUAGAUAUAGCUAACUAGGCCAAGCAUAUGUUUCUCAGUUGUCGUUCAUAGGUUGAUAGCUAGCUAAUUAGCUAUCUAGUUAGCUAACGUUAGCUAUUUUCCAGAUGCUAACUUGAAUAACUAGCCUAGUAGCUAACGUUAGCUACAGUAGCUAGCUAGCUAGCUAAGUCGGGCAGCAUAGUUGCUUAAGGGUGAAGUAUGGAGGUGGGUGGUGCCUUACUUCGCUGAAAGAGAAGGCAUGAUGGGGCUUAGUGAGUCACUCAUACCUUGUGGUAGCAAGGAGUUGGUAUUAGUCAGGCUUUUCUUUUUGUGAUAUUGACCGGGUUAUGUUUGUUAUUCUUUCUGUACAAUGCAUAAGACAUGUAGCUAACUAUAUGCGUGAUAUAGUUAGUUGAAGUUUGAUGAGACCUCAGACUUGAUACAGAUAAAGUGUCUUAAAAGCCAAAUGUAUCUCACUAGCUAAUCACUUUUGAUACAAAUGGCAAAGAUAUGUCAAAGAUCCUUCCGACAAAGGAUAUUUCUUUGUAGUAAAUACAGGAAAAUAGUAGUUCCUUGUUGUAGUUGUCUGGUAUCUUGCCAAGUACCUCAACUCCUCCAAGAGUUAUCUGCAUACUAGAGUUUUUUUUUAAUGAACCUUCGACUCCUUCAGGUCAUUGCCUCGAAUACUUCAAAAAUGUACAUUCUUAAACCCUUACGGUGUACCUAUGUUUGCCCUCUGUUGUUGCAUGCCUUUCCUUGUUUGCUGAAAUGAAUGCUUUUUAAUAAAACAUUAAUCAAAUACAGCCACCAACUGUUUCCUUGUUGAGAUUCAAUUGGCCCAUUCGCACUGAUGUGCCAUCUUAUUUUGUCUUCCUCUUGGGUUGUUCCAGGGAGUGGUGCCACUGGCUUCCCUUUGGAUGUGUGUUACAUUGUAAUUCUUCCCCCUUUGUUUCCUCUUCAGGGAGUGGUGCCACUGGCUUCCCUUUGGAUGUGUGUUACAUUGUAAAUCUUCCCCCUUCGUUUCCUCUUCAGGGUGUGGUGCCAGUUGCUUCCCUUUGGAUCAAAUCAAAUUGUAUUUGUCACAUGUGCCGAAUACAACAGGUGCAGACCUUACAGUGAAAUGCUUACUUACAAGCCCCUUAACCAACAAUGCAGUUUUAAGAAAAAUAUGUGUUAAGUAAAAAAUAGAUGAAUAAAAAAUUAUGAAAGAGCAGCAGUAAAAUAACAGUAGCGAAGCUAUAUACAGGGGGUACCGGUACAGAGUCAAUGUGCAGGGGCACAGGUUAGUUGAGGUAAUAUGUACAUGUAGGUAGAGUUAAAAUGACUAUGCAUAGAUAAUAAACAGAGAGUAGCAGCAGCGUUAAAGAGGGGGGUGGGGGCGACGACAAUGCAAAUGGUCCAGGUAGCCAUUUGAUUAGCUGUUCAGGAGUCUUAUGGCUUGGGGGUAGAAGCUGUUAAAAAGCCUUUUGGACCUAGACUUGGCGCUCCGGUAUCGCUUGCCGUGCAGUAGCAGAGAGAACAGUCUAUUACUAGGGUGGCUGUCUUUGACCAUAUUUAGGGCCUUCCUCUGACACCGCCUAGUAUAGAGGUCCUGGAUGGCAGGAAGCUUGGCCCCAGUGAUGUACUGGGCUGUACGCACUACCCUCUGUAGCGCCUUGUGGGCGGAGGCCGAGCAGUUGCUAUACCAGGCAGUGAUGCAACCAGUCAGGAUGCUCUCGAUGGUGCAGCUGUAGAAGUUUUUGAGGAUCUGGGGACCCAUGCCAAAUAUUUUCGGUCUCCUGAGGGGGAAUAGGCUUUGUCGUGCCCUCUUCACGACUGUCUUGGUGUGUUUAGAUGUGUGUUACAUUGUAAUUGUUCCCCCUUCGUUUCCUCUUCAGGGUGUGGUGCCACUGGCUUCCCUUUGGAUUUGUGUUACAUUGUAAUUGUUCCCCCUUGGUUUCCUCUUCAGGGAGUGGUGCCACGGCCGUGGUGCAGGCGGCCUACUGUGAGCCCAGGAAGGAGAGGGUGGCCAUUAAACGCAUUAACCUGGAGAAGUGUCAGACCAGCAUGGACGAGCUCCUGGUAACCCACCCACAUGUUCAGAGCACAAUUUAUUUCAGGAGUUGACAGUAUAGCAAUCAAUACUAUCUAAUCAAUACUAGCUAAUAAUUUGACAUAAAGCCAAUUAUGGCCUCUGGUAAAGCUUAGCUGUAAAGGCGGAGCUGGGAACGAUGAGAGUACAGCAGCAGGAACACACACACAACCAUGUACACACACACACACCACACAACCAUGUACCACACACCCUACCACACACAACCCACGUACACAUCACACAACCACGUACACACCACACAACCACGUACAACACACAACAACCACGUAAAAAAAACCAAAAAACCACGUACCCACACUACACAACACACACACCGACAACCACACACCCGCACACACAACCACGUACACACACACACAACCACGUAACACACACACACAACCACGUACACAACACACACAACCACGUACACCACACACAACCACGUACACACCACACACACACAACCACGUACACACACACAAACCAUGUACACACACACACAACCAUGUACACACACACACCAACCACGUACACACACACACAACCACGUACACACACACAACCACGUACACACACACACAACCACGUACACACACACACAACCACGUACACACACACACAACCACGUACACACACACAACCACGUACACACACACACACAACCACGUACACACACACACAACCACGUACACACACACACAACCACGUACACACACACAACCACGUACACACAGGCUGUCAGUGUAAAUCAGACAAGCUCAGGCCAGCAGCUGGACAGAUACCAACACAGUGUUUUCAGCCCUUAUUGCAUAACAUUCAGUAGGCCCUGUCUUGGCAACUCAAUCAAGCCUCUCUUGGAGACACGGCCGGUAGCGACAUAGAAAUAGAAUUACUAGAACGGGAAAAAAAGCCACAGUGAUUUGGACUGCACCCAUCGUGGCACAUUGACUUGAAUGUGUGUGUCCUAGUAAUUCUAUUUCUACGGUAGUGACAUAACCCAGGUCACUCCUCGCUCAUUUGUCCCUAUUGGGGGGCCUGCUCUGCUCUGUCAUGUGCUCAGUCGGGUUGAGAACAAGCAGAGGAAGCAGAACAGCUGUGGCGAUUUAGCCUUCUUCUAGACACUGAUACCCAAUCAUCAAAUCAACCCCUAAAUUCUUGUGUGGAUCUGACUAUGAUUGGAUAAAUAUAAGCAAUACGGAGAGAGUUUCCCCCCCCUAGCCUGUCAAAAUGGAAAUAUAUUACUGCAUUGUUGGAGAGUCGAGACCUGUACAAUUCUUUCAGAUCUGCUGUCUAGACUCAAAACGCUUUACUGUACGAUGUGCUGAGCCAUUGGAAGCUCAUUCGUUCUGUUUUCUCUCUCUCCCCGUCUCCUUGCAGAAAGAGAUCCAGGCCAUGUCCCAGUGCCACCACCCCAACAUUGUGUCCUACUACACGUCUUUUGUAGUGAAGGACGAGCUGUGGCUGGUGAUGCGGCUCCUCAGUGGUGGUAAAGUAUUGCUUUAGGGACUGUAACCAGGCAGGGAAGCAGAAGAGGAUAAAUACCACUUAUGUAGCUCUUUAGUUGGUGGUGGCCCACCUUUGUAUAAACAUUGCAUAAACAUUGCUAGGGGAAACACUGCGGCCUGCUUAACAAUACUAUAACGGGUGGGUUGUUGGUUUUGCUCCAGCCCUACUGUAAUCACCUGAUUCAACAAAUCAGAGAGCAGGGCUGGAGCAAAACCCUGCAUGACCCGGUAGCUCUCCAGGAGGUGGUUGUCCACCCCUGUUCCUGCCCUCCAGCUGUUAUAGCAGGGCUGAAGCAAAACCCUGCACACCUAGUAGCUCUCUAGGAGGAUGGUUAGCUUGGUUAAUCUCCAUCCCAGCUGCCUGACUACCAGGCACUAUAGGCCCCCUUUCUGGAUGAAGCAGGGCCCUGAGCAGCAGCUUCUCUCCAGCUGUGGCCUUGGCUCUCCGCCUGCUACGGUACUGUCCAUCCUCCUGGCAUGCAGUAACACUGUCAAGAGAUAGAGGGAUUAGGGUUCUCAGCUAUCACACACGUUUCAUUACAAGCCAAGGUAAAAACACAGCAGUAAUAAAGAUCAGAGCCCUAGUUCAAACACCGCUCUAUCGCUGCAACAAACAAAAACAAUGUCGCUUCCCCUUUGGAAGAGCGAGUAUAGAGUGCCAUCUUAAACCAUUCAAGGCAUUCUUCAGCUAACUAAUAGUAACCUGGUCCUUUUGUUACUCACUCUCUAUCUCCCCCUCCUCUUUCUCCGUGCUUUCUCUCUCUGUCUCUCUGUCUCUCUGUGUCUCUCUGCCUCUCUGUCUCUCUCGCUCUCUCUCGCUCUCUCUCGCUCGCUCUCUCUCGCUCUCUCUCGCUCUCUCUCGCUCUGUCUCGCUCUGUCUCUCUCUCUCUCUCUCUCUCUCUGUCUCUCUCUCUCUCUCAGGCUCAGUACUGGACAUCAUUAAACACAUCAUAUCUCGUGGGGAGCAUAAGUCUGGGGUGCUGGAUGAGUCGUCCAUAGCCACCAUCCUCAAAGAGGUCCUAGAAGGACUAGAGUAUCUGCAUAGGAACGGACAGAUCCACAGGUCAGGACACAUCCUUGUUUUCAACUAGAAAUAUUUAGAACGGACAGAUCCACAGGUCAGGGCACAUCCUUGUUUUCAACCUGAAAUAUUUAGAACGGACAGAUCCACAGGUCAGGACACAUCCUUGUUUUCAACUAGAAAUAUUUAGAACGGACAGAUCCACAGGUCAGGACACAUCCUUGUUUUCAACCUGAAAUAUUUAGAACGGACAGAUCCACAGGUCAGGACACAUCCUUGUUUUCAACUAGAAAUAUUUAGAACGGACAGAUCCACAGGUCAGGACACAUCCUUGUUUUCAACUAGAAAUAUUUAGAACGGACAGAUCCACAGGUCAGGGCACAUCCUUGUUUUCAACUAGAAAUAUUUAGAACGGACAGAUCCACAGGUCAGGACACAUCCUUGUUUUCAACUAGAAAUAUUUAGAACGGACAGAUCCACAGGUCAGGACACAUCCUUGUUUUCAACUAGAAAUAUUUAGAACGGACAGAUCCACAGGUCAGGACACAUCCUUGUUUUCAACUGAAAUUCAACUAGAAAUAUUUAGAACGGACAGAUCCACAGGUCAGGACACAUCCUUGUUUUCAACUGAAAUUCAACUUGAAAUAUUUAGAACGGACAGAUCCACAGGUCAGGACACAUCCUUGUUUUCAACUGAAAUUCAACUUGAAAUAUUUAGCGUUGAUUUUUACCUUUUUUUUUUCUCACUGACCACAGUCACAUUAUAGGUGUACAUUGAGGAUGUUGUCAGAUUCAACAGCCAGUCAAAGAAAUUGGCGCACUUCCCUGUUUUAUUGUUAACUCCAUCAUUCAUUAUUUAAUUCAUUCAUUUAUGAACCAAACUACUAGCUCCAAUUUGAAGUGGCAAAGCCACAUUCGGUAAAGUCACAUUCUUCGGGUUCGUGAGCUUUCACAUUGGCCCAUAUUUAUCAAUAUUUCAUAGAGGGCUUUAUGCAUUGUUAAAGAGGUUUGUUUUAUGUAACAGCUUUUCUCCCCAGGUAACACUACAUAUGAAACACUACAGUAUCGCACAUCUGUCUCCUGAGUGGCGCAGUGGUCUAAGGCACUGCAUUGCAGUGCUAACUGUGCCACUAGAGAUCCUGGUUCGAAUCCAGGCUCUGUCGCAGCCGGCCGCGACCAGGAGACUCAUGGGCGGUGCACAAUUGGCCCAGCGUCGUCCAGGGUAGGGGAGGGAAUGGCCGGCAGGGAUGUAGCUCAGUUGAUAGAGCAUGGCGUUUGCAACGCCAGGGUUGUGGGUUCGAUUCCCACGGGGGGCCAGUAUAAAAAAAUAUGUAUUCACUAACUGUAAGUCGCUCUGGAUAAGAGCGUCUGCUAAAUGACGUAAAUGAAAAAUGAAAUGAAUCUAAAAACAGGCCACAGACACACAGAAUAUUGACUACUCUUUUAGUAGUAUGCGCUGAACCAGCAUGUUUGGCUCAGAUUCACAAUAGUUAAGUCCUGAUAAGUAAAAGGGCUUGGGUCGUCGAGACAGUGUGCACUAAACUGGAUGGCACUUAUCGUGAGCUAAUAAAAAGAGCUGAUGGUUUACAGCUAAAACAGGCCACACACAGACUGGAUAAUGACUCCUCUUUAGUAGUAUGACCAACAUGUCUGUGUAGUAACUAGGUCUCUACUAUAGAAACCUUGAUAUAGACGAGGCCACUGCUUAUCAUUCCCCGGCAUUUACGUGUAGUUUAGUUUCAUUUACAGGUGACUCCUGAUAAAUACUGGUUCGUCUGGCUUCUGCUGUUUCACAGGGAUCUAAAGGCUGGAAAUAUUCUUCUUGGUGACGAUGGCUCCGUGCAAAUCGCAGGUAUGGUCACAUGUCCCAAGACCUUAACUCCCCACUUCUAAUCGAUUUUAUGCUGUCGAAUGAAUGAAUGAAUGAAUGCCAAAAACGUGCACCCCUUGGGGUCCCGAGGAUCGAGUUUGGGAAACGCUGCUUUAUGGCAUUCAUUCCUCUGGAACAAGUCCAUUGGUUAUAUCCGUCUGUCUGAUCUUUCUCUCUCACUCACCACUCUUCACCCCUCGUGUCUGUCUGUCCCAGACUUUGGUGUGAGUGCCUUCUUAGCGGCGGGAGGAGACAUGACCAGGACUAAGGUCAGGAAGACGUUUGUUGGGACGCCAUGUUGGAUGGCCCCAGAGGUCAUGGAGCAGGUGGGGGGCUAUCCUCUCUCUCUCUCUUUGUCUCUCUCUCUCUUUGUCUCUCUCUCUCUUUGUCUCUCUCUUUGUCUCUCUCUUUGUCUCUCUCUUUGUCUCUCUCUCUUUGUCUCUCUCUCUCUUGUCUCUCUCUCGCUGUCUCUCUCUCUCGCUGUCUCUCUCUCUCUUUGUCUCGCUCUCUCUCUUUGUCUCUCUCUCUCUUUGUCUCUCUCUCGCUCUCUCUCUCUUUGUCUCUCUCUCUUUGUCUCUGUCUCUCUCUCUCUCUCUCCUUUGUCUCUCUCUCUCUUUGUCUCUCUUUUUCUCGCUCUCUCUUUGUCUCUCUCUCUUUGUCUCUCUCUCUCUCGCUCUCUCUUUGUCUCUCUCUCUCUCUUUGUCUCUCUCUCUCUUUGUCUCUCUUUGUCUCUCUCUCUUGUCUCUCUCUCUCGCCUCUCUCUCGCUCUCUUUGUCUCUCUCUCUCUCUCUCUCUCGCUCUCUCUCUUUGUCUCUCGCUCUCUUUGUCUCUCUCUCUCUCUCUCGCUCUCUCUCUCUUUGUCUCUCUCUCUCUUUGUUUCUCUCUCUCUCUCCAAAAAUAUCUUACCAUUAUCCUUUAUGUCUCCUCAGGUCCGAGGUUAUGACUACAAAGCAGAUAUCUGGAGUUUUGGGAUCACAGCCAUUGAGCUGGCUACAGGCGCUGCUCCAUACCACAAAUAUCCACCCAUGAAGGUCAUUUCUACUUUUUACUUGGAGAGAUGGAAGGGGUGUGAUCUUUGACUUCCUGAAAAGCAGUUGCUAAGGAGACUAUCCUGGCUAAAUAUGUAGGAAUUAAAUUCAAUUGUCAGCCGAUGGUGUCUAACAUGUUGUGUGUGUGUGUGUGUAAUGACCUGGUAGUAACCUGAUGUUGUGUGUGUGUAAUGACCUGGUAGUAACCUGAUGUUGUGUGUGUGUAAUGACCUGGUAGUAACCUGAUGUUGUGUGUGUGUGUGUGUGUGUGUGUGUGUGUGUGUGUGUAAUGACCUGGUAGUAACCUGAUGUUGUGUGUGUGUGUGUGUGUGUGUAGUGACCUGGUAGUAACCUGAUGGUGUGUGUGUGUGUGUGUGUGUGUGUGUGUGUGUGUGUGGUGUGUGUGUGUGUGUGUGUGUGUGUGUGUGUGUGUGUGUGUGUGUGUGUGUGUGUGUGUGUGUGUGUGUGUGUGUGUGUGUGUGUGUGUGUGUGUGUGUGUGUGUGUGUGUAUCUGUAGGUGCUGAUGCUGACCCUGCAGAAUGACCCUCCCUGCUUGGAGACCGGCAUCCAGGACAAGGAGAUGGUGAAGAAGUACGGGAAGUCCUUCAGGAAAAUGAUCUCUCUAUGUCUGCAGAAGGAGCCUGAGAAAAGGUGACUAUCCCAAACGCUCAUAUUUUAUCCCAUUUUAACAGACGUUUUUAAUCCAAAGUUACUUGCAGUACGCAGGGCUCGUACAGUCAUGAAAAUCCUGGAAAAGUCAUGGAAUUUUUAAAUGGUGUUUUCCAUGCCUGGAAAAGUUUUGGAAAAUAAUCAAAUCUGAAAAGUUUUGGAAAAGUCACCGAAAUUAAUUCCAUAAUUUCUGUUAAUGUAAUUUAUUUAGGAAUAGUUUUUACAUUUUAUAAAUAAAAUAAAAAUCAACACAUCAGCUAGGAUUGGAAUGACACUUCACCUGCAUGUAUGCGAGACGAGUGGGCCGUUUCCCAAGGAGAGACAGACAGUAGGCCAUUACAGCAGGUAGGCCUAUCCUAUAAACUAUGAUAGAGCAGACUGACUAGGAAGCCAAUUCAAAACAUAUCUUCUACCCUCUAGUUAACUGUUGAGCUGUUAUUAGCAUAUAGUCAUGUUUUCGUCAUGUCCCAAAAAACUUUCCACUGACACUCGGGAAUAAGCCCAUACAAAGUUGAUUAACCUUUGUGAACGAUUCAUAUGAAUCUUUUUUUUUUUUUUUUUUUUUUUUUUGGGGACGAAACAAACUAUUCACUUCGACAUUGUAUUUGUUGGGAUUCGUUUCAAUUGCGAUGAAUCAAAUCAUGUGAAUCAAAAUAAUAACUUGUGAAUUGUGAAGAGUAAAUUUAGGAAAAAAUGUUAGACGUCGCCUUUCUUUUGGAUUAUGUGGCUUCAACUUGUUUUGUACAGUACAUUUACAUUUAAGUCAUUUAGCAGACGCUCUUACCCAGUUGCAGUAAUCCAGACGGGAGAUGACAAGUGCCUGGAUUAGGACCUGUGCCGCUUCCAGUUGAUUUAGGCGUCUUAAGUAUGGGACAUUCAACUCAAUAGAUGCUAGUCAGCCCGCGAAGUAAACACUUCUAAAGGUAGCUCAGAUAUAAAUAUGACUAAACUAGAAAAGGUACAUUUCCUGAAGGAAAUUUGUGGGCUUGUUUCAGCUGAAUAAAAAGAUUUGUAGCCUGCCAUAGCCACUUGAUCUUUGAUACAGUGCAUUCGGAAAGUAUUCAGACCCCUUCUCUUUUUCUACAUUUUGUUACGUUACAACUUUAUUCUACAAUGGAUUAAAUGUUUUUCCUCAUCAAUCUACACAAUUCCCCAUAAUGACAAAGCGAAAACAGGUUUUUAGAAAUGUUUGCAAACCUUAUUUACAUAAGUAUUCUUUGCUAUGAGACUCGAAAUUGAGCUCAGGUGCAUCCUGUUUCCAUUGAUCAUCCUUGAGAUGUUUCUACAACUUGAUUGGAGUCCACCUGUGGUAAAUUCAAUUGAUUGGACAUGAUUUGGAAAGGCACACACCUGUCUAUUUAAGGUCCAACAGUUGACAGUGCAUGUCAGAGCAAAAACCAAGCCAUGAGGUCGAAGGAAUUGUCCGUAGAGCUCAGAGGCAGGAUUGUGUCGAGGCACAGAUCUGGGGAAGGGUACCCAAAAAUGUCUGAUGCAUUGAAGGUCCCCAAGAACACAGUGGCCUCCAUCAUUCUUAAAUGGAAGAAGUUUGGAACCACCAAGACUCUUCCUAGAGCUGGCCGCCCGGCCAAACUGGGCAAUCGGGGGAGAAGGGCCUUGGUCAGGGAGGUGACCAAGAACCCGAUGCUCACUCUGACAGAGCUCCAGAGUUCCUCUGUGGAGAUGGGAGAACCUUCCAGAAGGACAACCAUCUCUCCAGCACUCCACCAAUCAGGCCUUUUAUGGUAGAGUGGCCAGAUGGAAGCCAUUCCUCAGUAAAAGGCACAUGACAGCCCGCUUGGAGUUUGCCAAAAGGCACCUAAAGGACUCUCAGAUCAUGACAAACAAGAUUGAACUCUUUGGCCUGUAUGCCAAGCGUCAUGUCUGGAGGAAACCUGGCACCGUCCUACGGUCUAACCAACUCAGUCACAAAGGACCACUGACUGUAAUUGAAGUGGGAGGGGUGUAGUACAGGGGUUAUUCCUGGAGAGCUUUCCCCAUUUAGGCUUUUGCUCCAACCCUAAUCUAACCAAAUGUGAUUCUACUAAUCAGAUAUGUUACAACAGGGUCGGUGGCUCCUAGUAUUAGUAAACUAAUUCCACCUUGACACCAUUUCUCCAAGUUCUCUUACCUAGUCUGAUUUCCUGCCGUGGUGUGUUCUAAUGUCCUGUAGUGGUAAAGCAUGUUGUGUCGUUGUCUUUCAGACCAACUGCUGCUGAGCUGCUAAAACACAAAUUCUUCACGAAAGCAAAGGUAAAGCCCAUGUGUAUGUAUGUAUGUAUGUAUGUAUAUACAGUGGGGGAAAAACGUAUUUAGUCAGCCACCAAUUGUGCAAGUUCUCCCACUUAAAAAGAUGAGAGAGGCCUGUAAUUUUCAUCAUAGGUACACGUCAACUAUGACAGACAAAAUGAGAAGAAAAAAAAUCCAGAAAAUCACAUUGUAGGAUUUUUAAUGAAUUUAUUUGCAAAUUAUGGUGGAAAAUAAGUAUUUGGUCAAUAACAAAAGUUUCUCAAUACUUUGUUAUAUACCCUUUGUUGGCAAUGACACAGGUCAAACGUUUUUCUGUAAGUCUUCACAAGGUUUUCACACACUGUUGCUGGUAUUUUGGCCCAUUACUCCAUGCAGAUCUCCUCUAGAGCAGUGAUGUUUUGGGGCUGUCGCUGGGCAACACGGACUUUCAACUCCCUCCAAAGAUUUUCUAUGGGGUUGAGAUCUGGAGACUGGCUAGGCCACUCCAGGACCUUGAAAUGCUUCUUACGAAGGCACUCCUUCGUUGCCCGGGCGGUGUGUUUGGGAUCAUUGUCAUGCUGAAAGACCCAGCCACGUUGCAUCUUCAAUGCCCUUGCUGAGGGAAGGAGGUUUUCACUCAAAAUCUCACGAUACAUGGCCCCAUUCAUUCUUUCCUUUACACGGAUCAGUCGUCCUGGUCCCUUUGCAGAAAAACAGCCCCAAAGCAUGAUGUUUCCACCCCCAUGCCUCACAGUAGGUAUGGUGUUCUUUGGAUGCAACUCAGCAUUCUUUGUCCUCCAAACACGACGAGUUGAGUUUUUACCAAAAAGUUCUAUUUUGGUUUCAUCUGACCAUAUGACAUUCUCCCAAUCCUCUUCUGGAUCAUCCAAAUGCACUCUAGCAAACUUCAGACGGGCCUGGACAUGUACUGGCUUAAGCAGGGGGACACGUCUGGCACUGCAGGAUUUGAGUCCCUGGCGGCGUAGUGUGUUACUGAUGGUAGGCUUUGUUACUUUGGUCCCAGCUCUCUGCAGGUCAUUCACUAGGUCCCCCCGUGAGGUUCUGGGAUUUUUGCUCACUGUUCUUGUGAUCAUUUUGACCCCACGGGGUGAGAUCUUGCGUGGAGCCCCAGAUCGAUGGAGAUUAUCAGUGGUCUUGUAUGUCUUCCAUUUCCUAAUAAUUGCUCCCACAGUUGAUUUCUUCAAACCAAGCUGCUUACUUAUUGCAGAUUCAGUCUUCCCAGCCUGGUGCAGGUCUACAAUUUUGUUUCUGGUGUCCUUUGACAGCUCUUUGGUCUUGGCCAUAGUGGAGUUUGGAGUGUGACUAUUUGAGGUUGUGGACAGGUGUCUUUUAUACUGAUAACAAGUUCAAACAGGUGCCAUUAAUACAGGUAACGAGUGGAGGACAGAGGAGCCUCUUAAAGAAGAAGUUACAGGUCUGUGAGAGCCAGAAAUCUUGCUUGUUUGUAGGUGACCAAAUACUUAUUUUCCACCAUAAUUUGCAAAUAAAUUCAUAAAACAUUCUACAAUGUGAUUUUCUGGAUUUUUUUUCCUCAAUUUGUCUGUCAUAGUUGACGUGUACCUAUGAUGAAAAUUACAGGCCUCUCAUCUUUUUAAGUGGGAGAACUUGCACAAUUGGUGGCUGACUAAAUACUUUUUUCCCCCACUGUAUGUAUGUGUGUGUAUAUAUAUAUAUAUAUAUAUAUAUAUAUAUAUAUACACACACACACACAGUGGGGAGAACAAGUAUUAAAUACACUGCCGAUUUUCCAGGUUUUCCUACUUACAAAGCAUGUAGAGGUCUGUAAUUUUUUAUCAUAGGUACACUUCAACUGUGAGAGACGGAAUCUAAAACAAAAAUUCAGAAAAUCACAUUGUAUGAUUUUUAAGUAAUUAAUUUGCAUUUUAUUGCAUGACAUAAGUAUUUGAUACAUUAGAAAAUCAGAACUUAAUAUUUGGUACAGAAACCUUUGUUUGUAAUUACAGAGAUCAUACGUUUCCUGUAGGUCUUGACCAGGUUUGCACACACUGCAGCAGGGAUUUUGGCCCACUCCUCCAUACAGACCUUCUCCAGAUCCUUCAGGUUUCGGGCCUGUCGCUGGGCAAUACGGAUUUUCAGCUCCCUCCAAAGAUUUUCUAUUGGGUUCAGGUCUGGAGACUGGCUAGGCCACUCCAGGACCUUGAGAUGCUUCUUACGGAGCCACUCCUUAGUUGCCCUGGCUGUGUGUUUCGGAUCGUUGUCAUGCUGGAAGACCCAGCCACGUCCCAUCUUCAAUGCUCUUACUGAGGGAAGGAGGUUGUUGGUCAAGAUCUCGCGAUACAUGGCCCCAUCCAUCCUCCCCUCAAUACGGUGCAGUCGUCCUGUCCCCUUUGCAGAAAAGCAUCCCCAAAGAAUGAUGUUUCCACCUCCAGGCUUCACGGUUGGGUUGGUGUUCUUGGGGUUGUACUCAUCCUUCUUCUUCCUCCAAACACGGCGAGUGGAGUUUAGACCAAAAAGCUCUAUUUUUGUCUCAUCAGACCACAUGACCUUCUCCCAUUCCUCCUCUGGAUCAUCCAGAUGGUCAUUGGCAAACUUCAGACGGGCCUGGACAUGCGCUGGCUUGAGCAGGGGGACCUUGUGUGCGCUGCAGGAUUUUAAUCCAUGACGGCGUAGUGUGUUACUAAUGGUUUUCUUUGAGACUGUGGUCCCAGCUCUCUUCAGGUCAUUGACCAGGUCCUGCCGUGUAGUUCUGGGCUGAUCCCUCACCUUCCUCAUGAUCAUUGAUGCCCCACGAGGUGAGAUCUUGCAUGGAGCCCCAGACCGAGGGUGAUUGACCGUCGUCUUGAACUUCUUCCAUUUUCUAAUAAUUGCGCCAACAGUUGUUGCCUUCUCACCAAGCUGCUUGCCUAUUGUCCUUUAGCCCAUCCCAGCCUUGUGCAGGUCUACAAUUUUAUCCCUGAUGUCCUUACACAGCUCUCUGGUCUUGGCCAUUGUGGAGAGGUUGGAGUCUGUUUGAUUGAAUGUGUGGACAGGUGUCUUUUAUACAGUUAACGAGUUCAAACAGGUGCAGUUAAUACAGGUAAUGAGUGGAGAACAGGAGGGCUUCUUAAAGAAACACUAACAGGUCUGUGAGAGCCGGAAUUCUUACUGGUUGGUAGGUGAUCAAAUACUUAUGUCAUGCAAUAAAAUGCAAAUUAAUUACUUAAAAAUCAUACAAUGGAAUUUUUCUGGAUUUUUGUUUUAGAUUCCGUCUCUCACAGUUGAAGUGUACCAUGAUAAAAAUUACAGACCUCUACAUGCUUGUAAGUAGGAAAACCUGCAAAAUCGGCAGUGUAUCAAAUACUUGUUCUCCCCACUGUAUAUAUAAGUGUGAUUAUCACACAAUGUGAGUUCUCCCAUUAAACGAUGAGAGGUAUUUCAUCAUAGUACACGUCUAUGACAGACAAAUAGGGAAAAAUCCGAAAAUCAUGUAGAUUUUAUGUUUAUUGCUUAUGUGAAAUAGUUUUGUCAUAACUUUCUCAAUCUUUGUUAUAUACCCUUUGUUGGCAAUGACACAGGUCAAACGUUUUCUGUAAGUCUUCACAAGGUUUUCACACACUGUUGCUGGUAUUUUGGCCCAUUCCUCCAUGCAGAUCUCCUCUAGAGCAGUGAUGUUUUGGGGCUGUCGCUGUGUAACACGGACAUCCAACUCCCUCCAAAGAUUUUCUAUGGGGUUGAGAUCUGGAGACUCAAAGACCUUGAAAUGCUUCUUACGAAGCCACUCCUUCGUUGCCCGGGCGGUGUGUUUGGGAUCAUUGUCAUGCUGAAAGACCCAGCCACGUUUCAUCUUCAAUGCCCUUUCUGAUGGAAGGAGGUUUUCACUCAAAAUCUCACGAUACAUGGCCCCAUUCAUUCUUUCCUUUACACGGAUCAGUCGUCCUGGUCCCUUUGCAGAAAAACAGCCCCAAAGUAUGAUGUUUUCACUCCCAUGCUUCACAGUAGGUAUGGUGUUCUUUGGAUGCAACUCAGCAUUCUUUGUCCUCCAAACACGACGAGUUGAGUUUUUACCAAAAAGUUAUAUUUUGGUUUCAUCUGACCAUAUGACAUUCUCCCAAUCCUCUUCUGGAUGCACUCUAGCAAACUUCAGACGGGCCUGGACAUGUACUGGCUUAAGCAGGGGGGACACGUCUAGCACUGCAGGAUUUGAGUCCCUGGCGGCGUAGUGUGUUACUGAUGGUAGGCUUUGUUACUUUGGUCCCAGCUCUCUGCAGGUCAUUCACUAGGUCCCUCCGUGUGGUUCUGGGAUUUUUGCUCACCGUUCUUGUGAUCAUUUUGACCCCACGGGGUGAGAUCUUGCGUGGAGCCCCAGAUCGAGGGAGAUUAUCAGUGGACUUGUAUGUCUUCCAUUUCCUAAUAAUUGCUCCCACAGUUGAUUUCUUCAAACCAAGCUGCUUACCUAUUGCAGAUUCAGUCUUCCCAGCCUGGUGCAGGUCUACACUUUUGUUUCUGGUGUCCUUUGACAGCUCUUUGGUCUUGGCCAUAGUGGAGUUUGGAGUGUGACUGUUGAGGUUGUGGACAGGUGUCUUUUAUACUGAUAACAAGUUCAAACAGGUGCCAUUAAUACAGGUAACGAGUGGAGGACAGAGGAGCCUCUUAAAGAAGAAGUUACAGGUCUGUGAGAGCCAGAAAUCUUGCUUGUUGUAGGUGACCAAAUACUUAUUUUCCACCAUAAUUUGCAAAUAAAUUCAUUAAAAUCCUACAAUGUGAUUUUCUGGAUUUUCUUUUCUCAAUUUGUCGUCAUAGUUGACUUGUACCUAUGAUGAAAAUUACAGGCCUCUCUCAUCUUUUUAAGUGGGAGAACUGCACAAUUGGUGGCUGACUAAAUACUUUUUUCCCCCACUGUAUGUGUGUGUGUGUGUGUGUGUGUGUGUGUAUAUGUAUAUAUAAUGUGUAUGUAUAUGUGUGUGUGUAUAUAUGUGUAUAUGUGUGUAUGUGUAUAUAUAUAUAUAUUAUACAUAUAUGUAUGUAUAUAUGUGUGUGUAUAUGUAUAUAUACACCACACACACACACACACACACACACACACACACACACACACACACACACACACACACACACACACACACACACACACAAACAUACGUAUAUAUGUGUGUGUGUAUAUAUAUAUAUAUAUAUGAGUACAGGACCAUUUACAAUAUGCAUGCUGUUGCAAAGGAAAAUCGAACCUUCUUGUCAUGUGCUUUAAUGUUGUCUGUCUCUGUCUCGCAGAAUAAUGAAUGUCAUGUGCUUUAAUGUUGUCUGUCUCUGUCUCGCAGAAUAAUGAAUACCUGGAAGAGAAGCUGCUCCAGAAGGGUCCGUCGAUAGGAGACCGAUCCAAACGAGUACGACAAUAACCCUUGGAUGUGUAUAGUGGAAGUCCACACGACAUUCAGAUCUGCUCCACUCUAUGCAGUUCUAUAUUAACGUUGCAUAAUGUUGCAUCCCCUGAACAGGCCCCAGUUGUUAUGUCAGUAGAGUGGAAGAAGUGGUAUGCAUAUUAGAAUUUGUACAAUAGAUUCAGCAUGAAACAUCAGGCUCUGUUGCCAUGUACACCAUCAAACACUACAGGGGAAAAUAUAUACUAGUUUCAAGGGAUUAGAUAGCCAUUAAAAACUAAUAUUAUUGAGAUAAAAGAUGCAUGUAUAUACGUUUUUAAAUGUAUAAUGUAUCUAUAUAGUGUUUUGUCUCACUGUGUGAUCCUAACCAGACAGACAGUUUGUCAGCCGAGUACUCGAGGCUUACAAGAAAUGAGUUAGCCAUUUUAUAACUAACCCACUAAUAUCUUGUAGCCUAUAAUGUGUCUAAAAACUAUUGGUCUCUGUGUGUUUUGAGCCUAACCACGACAACCAGUCUGUGCCCAAUCUGCUCAGUGCUUGUGCCAGGGUAGGUAGGCAGGCCUGCCUGCGUAGUGUCAGAAGGAGGAAGUAUCUGCUGUAACGUAGAGUGCAUCUUUAAUAUUUCAGCAGCACUAGCUAACACACAGGACCUGAAAACAUGGCCGGUCAUGCAGAAAGUCAACAUCGCAUCACAAACUGUGUGCAGUAGUAGUCUAGGUCCCUUUUUUAUUUUAUUUAACUAGGCAAGUCAGUUAAGAACAAAUUCUUAUUUACAACGACGGCCUACACCGGCCAAACCCGGGACGACGCUGGGCCAGUUGUGCGCCGCCCCUAUGGGACUCCCAAUCACGGACGGUUGUGAUACAGCCUGGAAUCGAACCAGGGGGUCUGUAGUGACGCCUGCAAGCACUGAGAUGCAGUGCCUUAGACCGCUGCGCCACUCGGGAGGCCUGUAUGGGAGGAGGGGAAUAGUCCAGAAUGGGUUUUGUUUUGGUUUUUUGCCCAUUUUUAUAUGUUUAUGUGGUCGAGGGGAAUGGUCACGUGUAUCCUUUUUUUUCCCUCAAAAUGCCAUGCUGAAGAUAAAAGUGUGUUACUGUGAGUGUGUGUGUGUGUUGACCUUUUGUGCGUUGAUGCAGGUGCGCCGUGUGCCUGGCUCCAGCGGUCGUCUCCAUAAGACCGAGGACGGGGAGUGGGAGUGGAGUGAUGACGAGUUGGACAUGGAGAGUGAGGAGGGCAAGGCUGCGGUUGCGGCUCUACGGGUGAGACUACCCUAGACUACCCUACCCUAGACUACCCUAGACUACCCUAGACUACCCUACCCUAGACUACCCUACCCUAGACUACCCUACCCUAGACUACCCUAGACUACCUAGCUAGCACAUCUGGCUUCAAAUGCUAUCUCAGACCUUUCAAAUACUUACAGGGCUGAUUUCCCAGACACAGAUUAAGCCUAGUCCUGGCUAAAAAGCGUUGUCAAUGGAGAUUCUUCAUCUGAAGUGCUUUUUUUUUUUUUUUUUUUUUUUUGUCUAGGACUAGGCUUAAUCUGUGUCCGGGAAACCGGUCCUUAGGGUUUGCUCUAGCCUUGCCUGGAGUGGGUUGUGAUUUCGAGACUAUUCUAUUGGUGUCAUUGUGCCUGGCAAGCUCAAUCAAGCCCAGAUAAAGUAUUUCAAAAAUGAUUUUAACUCGUAUUUGAACCCAGGUGUGAUAGCUGUAACCUUAUUGUAGCCCUCUAGUGGUUCAAAGCCACCUAGGACUCAAUCAAAUUAAAUAAAUAAAUCAGAUGUUCAAUCAAACCUGUUACUGUGUUGGGGGAGGAAAAAAACCUUCAUCGCGUGUUCUUCUGACGUCUGUUAAUCUUUGUGUCGUAUUUCAUUCUAGUCUCCCAGAGUGAAAGAUGGAUCCAUCGAGGUAAGCCCUGGUGUUGGUAUCAAAUCAGAACACCUCAAACCUUUUUAUCUGUUCAUUGCAGAAACAAUAGUGUGCCGACUUCAGUUGUGCGUGAAAUUUGCAUGAAAUUGAAUUAGAAGAAUCAUUGCCAAAUGUCCUGAUCUAACUCUCUCAUCUGCUUCCCACAAAACAUGUGUAUGGACAUGUAGUUAAUGGGGUAACACUUUACUUAAGGCAUACAGGUAUAAUGCAUUAUGGUGCGGUCAUAAUACAUUAUAAGCAUCUAUAGCCACGUUCACACUGCACUGAGCCCAGGGCUGACAGCCUCCUUACUCAUUGGCUAAGAGAAUGCACUGUGAAAAGGCCUUACAUUUUAAGUCAUUUGGCAGAUGCUCUUAUCCAUAGCAUUCAUCUUAAGGUAGCUAGGUAAGACAACCACAUAAUGGUCACAACCACAUUCGCAUUAAACAGUUAAUGAAUCUCUUCCUGAGACAGUAGGAGUUUAUCUUUCGUUGGUCCUCCUCAGAUUUUCCCUCCAGAGGAUGGUUCUCCCAGUCUGCUCCGUCCAGGAGAGGCAGGACAGGACAAGGACAAGGACAAGCCAGGUGAGGCCACCCUGAUCCAGGGAGACGUCCCAGCGCAGGACCCUGCUGCCUCCACCGCCACCAAAGUCCCCAUCAGCCUGGUGUUAAGGUUGAGGUAUGCAUCAUUUAGUGCAGAGGUCUUCAACCCCUGGUACGUGGACCGGUGCUGGUCCAUGGUAUGUUACUGACUGGUUCCUCAGAUGCUUCACUGAUAUGACAGUGGUUCAGUCCGGUCCCCAAGUGCUAGUUUUAAUCUGUGGUCCUCCAAGGAGGAAGGGCCAUAGCUUGUCUGUCCCUGGUACACAUUGUUUUAGAAACACUGACCUAGUGGAUGUUUCUCAAGCCUUUCUACCAUGCCACACAGUUAUUUCACAUAUCUAAAUCUUAUAAUAACCAGUUCUAACGUUCUUCUCCCAGAAACUUGAAGAAAGAACUGAAUGACAUCCGGUUUGAGUUCAUGCCUGGAAGAGGUAGGUGUUUGUGUUUUAAACAUCACCAGGUGUUUUCUGCUCAGGAGGGGAGCGAACAGUCUGACUUUAUUGCAAUCUUUGUGUUUGCUUGUGUCAACAAUCCUCUCUGUCUCUGUCUCUCUCUCGCACUUCUCUCUCUCUCUCUGUCUCUCUCUCUCUCACCCACUCUCUCUCUCCUGUCUCUCUCUCUCUCACCCACUCUCUCUCCUCCUCCUGUAUACUCUCAUCACCCACUCUCUAUCUCACCACGCUCUCUCAUCUGUCUCUCUCUCACCCAAUCUCUAUCUUCUCUCUACAUGGACUCUCUCUCUCAACCACUCUCUCCCUCUAAUGCUCUCUCACCCAAUAUAUCUGUCUCUCACCCACUCUCUCUCUCACCCACUCUCUCUCUCACCCUAUCCUGUCUCUCUCUCCUCUUCACCCACUCUCUCUCUCUCACCCACGCUAUCUCUCUUAUCACCCAAUCUCUCUCUAACCCACUCUCUCUCUCUCCUCACCACAACUCUCUCUCUCUCCUGUCUCUCUCUCAACCACUCUCUCUCUCUCCUGUCUCUCUCACCCACUCUCUCUCCUCUCUCACCUACUCUCUCUCUUGCCUGUCUCUCUCACCCACUCUCUCUCCUCUCUCACCUACUCUCUCUCUUGCCUGUCUCUCUCACCCACUCGCUCUCCCUCCUGUCUCUCACCCUCUAGCUCUCUCCUCUCUCCUGUGUCUCUCUCUCCGUCUCUCCUGUGUCUCUCUCUCCCUCUCUCCUGUGUCUCUCUCUCCCUCUCUCCUGUCUCUCGCUCAACCUCUCUUCUGUCUCUCUUUCUCUCCUUCAAUUCAUUAGUAAACAUUCUCUCUCUCUCUCUCAGACUCCGCUGAUGGAGUGUCUCAGGAGUUGGUGUCAGCAGGACUGGUCGAUGGAAAAGAUUUAGUGGUCGGUGAGUAAGAAACCUAGGAUAAGUCACACAAAGGCCAACAGAGUUCAGGCUGAAAUGAUGAACCAGCAAUGACUCCAGAGCUAAAAUUAGAGGAUUAUCUCAAUGACCCCCCUCAGUAACUCCUGCUUCCCGUCUCUGGGUUCUUUCCAGUUGCUGCCAAUUUGCAGAAGAUUGUUGAUGAUCCUCUCAACAAUAGAAAUGUCACUUUCAAACUUGUAAGUUAGCAAAACACUCCACCAUUGGCCUAUUGAAACAACUCUAUGGCCCUGUUCAACAGCCUACGAGGAGAGAUGCACUGGGAAUUUCUCAAUUCUCCUUUUUUUCCUUCUCAGGCAUCUGGCAUAGACGAGUCGGAGAUCCCUGACGAUGUGAAGCUGAUGGGUUUCGCUCAGCUCAGCAUCAGUUAACUCAACGUUCCGUCAACAAAGAACGACAAACAGUAUUGCACAGCAGCAUAGUUCUAAAUUCCAAGACACCACCGCUGCCAAAGACGAGAGCUGCAUUUGUCAACCUGUAGGGAUCUUUUCUUUACUGAAACCUGCUGUGUUAGUUAAAAUGGACGGGCUAUGAGAACGGGACCAGCGCAACAAUAAAAAAAAACAACAACAACAACAACAACAACAGUUAGAACAGGAAAUCACAUUU